AUGGCCAGGGGAGACAAAACAAAGGCAGCUGGUGCAGUCGCCAUGGCGAGCUUCGGCACCGCCUUCUUCGAUUUCACCGGCGCUUCAGCCGUCACAUGCUUAGCUAGCGGCACCGGCUUCGCCAUCGGCAGCACCUACCAUAUCACCCACGGGUCCCUCAAACUCAUCAAAGAGGGCAUGGCCUCCAACCGGGAAAACAAAGCUGCCGCGAACACCUUCGGCAUCCCCCCCGCAGUCCAUGUCGAUAUGCAAGAAACUAUCGAGAACCACUUCCGCCGCCUCGCAGCCUCCCUCUUUGGGUGUUCGAUCCAAGGGACACUGUUCUGCGUGAUGCCACACGCCGGGGUCGGGCUAGCGAUCAACGUCACCGAGCUGACAUACACCAAGCACAAGCUGAGCCAGCUGAGCCGAAGCGUCGGCGGCAAGAGGAAACUGAUGGAGAUGGUGUCCCUCCGGAAUGCCGGGGUGCAGGCCCUGACGGGACUGCUCAUCAAAGGAACGGUGUCGACACUGUUCCUGGGCAGUGAGGUCGACACCUUCCUGGACACGGCGCACAAGUCCAUCGAGGCCUUCUCGGUAAGCGGCGCAGAGAACAUCGAGGCGGCGCAGGAGUUCCGCGAGGAUAUGGUUAAGCUGCACCCGUUCGCGGAGACGACUGCAUUGGCGUCCGCGAUGCCCGAUGAGUAUAAAGACUACAUUGGUCUUGAGAACAGGUUUGAGUCUUUGAAUAUGGAUGGGGGGAUGGAGAUCCGGUGGGGUGAUCCUGUGACCUCUGGGGAGACAUUGACUGUCGGUGCUUACGCCGCGACUUCUGAUGUUGUUGUUAAGAAUGUUGUGGAGAUGCCUUUGGAUGACGGAGUGAAGAGAUUGACAAGCCAAGAGAAGAACAGGUGA